AUGGGGACCCACCUGUGCUUUACCUUCGUGGACCUGACGAAAGCCUUCGGCACGGUGAAUCGUGAAGGACUGUGGACGAUCAUACAGAAAUUCGGCUGUCCGGAGCGAUUCACUCAUAUUGUGCGUCAGCUGCACGACGGUAUGAUGACGCGAGUCACGGACAACGGAGCUGUCUCAGAGGCAUUCACAAUGACCAACGGAGUGAAGCAGGGAUGCGUGCUGGCAUCUACCCUCUUCAGUCUCAUCUUCUCUGCCAUGCUGAUGGACGCCUACUGCGACGAACGCCACGGGAUCCGCAUCGCCUACAGGACCGGCGGUCACCCCCUGAAUCAACGGCGGUUGCACUUUCAAUCGCGUGUCUCCACAACCGCCGUUCACGAACUUCUCUUCGCCGACGACUGGACACUGAACACCACCUCGGAAGAGGACAUGCAACGCAGCAUGGACCUGUUCUCUGCCGCCUGCGAGAACUUCGGUCUUGUCAGUAACACGCAGAUGACUGUUGUCAUGCAUGAAACUCCACCCAACACAGCCAUUUCACCCCCCAACAUGCCGCAAAUCAGUGUGAACGGAACCCGACUGCAGGUGGUGGAAAACCUCCCGUGUCUAGGCAGUACCCUCUCCCGCCACCAUGAUUUCGAAAGUCAGUCCAGCCUUCAGUGGCCACCAAAGCACAGUUUGGAAUCGUCACAGUCUUCAACUGAGCACGAAACUAAAGACGUACAAGACCGUCACCCUGCCGACGCUGCUGUACGGAGCGGAGACUUGGACAGUGUACACAAAGCAGGCACGCCGACUGAACCACUUCCACCUUAA